AUGGAACCCCCAGCUGCGCCAGCCAGUUCCUCCCGCUCCUCGUCAGCUGGCUCUUCUUCUAUCACCCACACUAGCGACCACACUCGCAACCAGUCGGAAACGACUCUCUUUUCCAUCUACUCCAUGUAUGGCAAUGCGCCUCCAGUUCCACCGGCAAAGGAGCACAUCCCAACCGUUAGCGUCACUCUCCCCGUUGUCAACGGACGCUCCAGUAUUGCCUACUACGAUGACACGGACGAUUUGCCACCGAAAUCACCUCCUACUCGCACCAUAGACCUCACACGGCCGGGUGUCUUGCUCAAUGGAGUGCCACCACGGACUUCCAGCUUCCGCCCUUUGUCGUCUCAUUACACUGGCCCUAUGCUUGAAGAGAGGCGCGCUUCCACAUACUCACCAACACCAUCCUCUUCCCGACCAGUUUCGUCGCGACCAGACUCGUUGCUGGUACUACCUCCAUUACCACCGUCCCGAAACCCCAGUCCAACUCCCCCUCCGACCCCACCGCUGACAGCGCCACUGUCCCCUGCUCCACUAAGCCCGUCAAUGCCACUGAAACAUCCCGUCAGCGCGCCAGGCAGCAAGACUUCAUUGGUGCCCUCUGAAGGCGAGGAUCUCGAUGGGUUUUACGUCCGAAAUACCUAUGCUCAACUUGACAUGACCGGUGUCAAGGGAGAUGGUUUUGAGGACGGAGUCGAGCGAACAAGAGCACGAAUAGGCCCCAGUAGAGCCAGCCAGCUCUAUGCCGCAAAUGCCGUUGGUGACGGGACGGAAAAGUCGCAGGAAUUAGACCCAAGGGAGAUACAGACACUGCAUACUGUGGACCGUUAUGGCUUCUUCUCAACACCCUCUCACGACCGUCUUAUCCUCCUCCCAGCCUCCUCGUUCGACAAGCGUCUUUCCGUCGUCCGCGGCGGCCCUUCUUCUGCCAGACCAUCAGCCCAGUCUCUCAAUCUAGUACCAAAAGCAACUCCACCCGUCAAGGAGAACUUACGGAUAGAGAAAUGGACCAAGAUGAUGCAGGCGGAGAGUCGCGACCAAGGGGCAAAUGUCCAGUCUUGGCGUGUCAAGCAGUCCAAACAAGGCAAGCUGCGGUUAAGGACGUACAAAGGAGUUCCCGACCGAUGGCGGCCGGCUGCUUGGGAGAUGUUCAUGACCAACUUGUCGCGGGCUACGUUCGGAGACACAGCUCGUCUUGCGAGUGACUAUCGUGACGCACUGGACAAGCCAUCCACGUAUGACAUCCAAAUCGACUUGGAUGUACCGAGGACGAUCAGUGGUCAUAUUUUUUAUCGAACCAGAUACGGAGCGGGUCAACGGUCACUGUUUCAUGUGCUCCACUGUUUUUCUCUGCGAUGUUCAGAGUGUGGCUACGUUCAGGGCAUGGGACCCAUCGCGGCAACGCUCUUGUGUUAUCUAGACCCUGAAAAAACCUACGCCUCGCUGGUUCGUCUCCACGACGCGUAUUCAAUGCACUCAAUCUUCAGUCCUGGCUUUCCGGGACUGCUGGAGGCGAUAUACGUGCAAGAAAGGAUAACAGAGCAGAUGAUGCCUGAUGUCUACAAGGCCUUCCAGAAGCACACCAUCUCGACAACGUCAUAUGCGACCAAGUGGUACAUCACGCUCUUCUCCAACUCGGUGCCCUUCCAGACCCAGCUCCGGUUAUGGGACGCGUUCUUGCUCGAGGGGCCGGAUGUGUUUGUUGCGGUGGCGGUGGCGAUAGUGUGGGUCUACCGUGACCAUAUCACUGCCGCGUCAGCCAACUUCGAGACGAUACUCUCGCUGCUGUCGUCGUUCUUCGUGCCAGAGGCAGAAGACGCGAUGCUGCUCUGGAUAGAGCGGGCGCUUGCUGACAGGAAGCUGCGUGCGAGCAUGACGCAGUGGCGGGUAGAGUGGAAGGCCCUCGUCGCUGCCGGUAAGGAGAGCACUGUCUUGUUAUAG